GUGAAGAGGUCCCGCAGACAACGGUGCACGGCAGCCUGUGUGUCUCCUCCAAUCGAGGACGAUAAAACUGUGUCCUUCCCAGGCAGCAGCAGCACCACGUGUUUGUGACAGGUACAGCACCUGCUGCUGCUCAGAGUGCGUCACCCUCUUAUAGUGAGGACAUCGAGAGCGGGGAAAGGAGGAGCUAUCAAAGAGGGGGAGAGCACAACUGCAGUAUCCUCAGUCUGGACUGAUCUCAAAAGAAACCAGAAGAAAUAAGAAAACUGAAGAAAAAGGAGUCAGUCUCGUCACUUUGCUCAUACAGAUAUCGCCAGCAUCUUCCCCUCACACACUCACACACUGUCCUCUGUCUUGUCCCUCCCUUCAUCACACAACGCCGUCACGACUCAUCUAUUCGUCUGGAAUCAGAGGGAAGCCCUGGCAACGACACGACAGUCUCCGUGUCUCUUCAGACAAUCCUUACCGUCCAUCAGCGUCACUUCACUCAGCCCGCAGCCUGGACGGACAUCCCUGCGCUCCCCUGAUCAAAAUGAGGAAGGGGCAUCAGAGUGGUCAAGCUCACACGGGGCACCAGCACAGUGGCGAGGACAAAGAGAAGGAGGUGUGGAGGGAGAGGGAGGAAAAGGAACGGCAGCACAGGAGGGCUGAAAAGAAGCUGCUGGCCUUUUGGAUGUCCUUGUCCCACAGGACCUGGACACUCUUCAGGCCCCGUGAGAGACCAGGCUUCCAGCGCUCCACCUCGGCCUCUCGGCUUCUGAAGAGUGAGGCAUGAAGAGAGAGAGAUAGUGUGUGUGUGUGUGUGUCUGUAGUGAGUGUGUAUGUGUGUGUGGAGGUCUGUCAGGAGCAGAGUGUCAGAGGAGGCCUCACAGAUUGGCUGUCAAGUGGACCCGUGAGUGUGUGUGUUAAUAUGUGUGUGUAUGCCAUGCAAGUGGAUGAAAGCUUCCUCCGCCUGGUCCACCAUUUGCAAAAGUACUUAUGUUGCUGCCCUACCAGAGCCGGAGUGACAGGUGAAGGGCAAUACAAGCCUGUUGAAUCCAUCUUUGUCUCGUUUAUUUGCGAAACUACUCAAAACUACUUUGUGGAAACUGGUUUCCAGCAAAGAACCAUCAGCUGUGACUUUUGAAAGAGCCUGGGGUGAGCUGAAGACAACUUGGAAACUGUCAACUGACUCAUUAGUGAUCCCUCUGUUGAAAUGAAUCACUUCAUUCUUCUCAAAUCAGCUUGACUGAUACAGCAAAAAGCUUGGGAGCUCAUUUUUGUGGUCCUUCCCUAACAACACUACAACAGGCAGGGAUGGGUUAACAGGGAUCAGCCAUGGUGGUGACCCAUCUUACUCUGGAGCUGCGUUUUGAAGGGAAGAAGCUAAGGGGCUUCACAUGCAAACUGACCCGCUCAGCCCAUGGCUUACUGUUGGAGAGCUCGUGGAGCAUCGCAACCCAGAUCCUGCUCCCAUACCUGGUGUCCGGUCUGGGAUUGGUGGCGGCUGGGAUGGUCAUGGAUGUAGUGCAACACUGGGAGGUGUUCAAGGAGAUCUCGGAGGUGUUUAUCUUGGUGCCGGCCCUGGUGGGACUGAAGGGGAAUCUUGAGAUGACAUUGGCAUCCAGACUGUCAACAGCAGCCAACACAGGGCAGAUGGAUGAAGCUCAGCAGCAGUGGAGGAUGGUGUUGUGUAAUCUCGCUCUAAUUCAGGUCCAGGCCACAGUUGUGGGCUUCCUAGCAGCUGUUGCAGCAGUGGGUCUCGGGGUCCUGACCAGGGGGAGGGUGGAUGUUACCCAGGCUGCUGUCCUCUGUGCCAGCAGCGUCACCACUGCUUUCAUCGCGGCCCUGUCUCUAGGUGUGGUGAUGGUGGCAGUGAUUAUUGGAUCCAGGAGAGUGGGCAUCAACCCAGAUAAUGUGGCCACUCCAAUUGCUGCCAGCCUCGGAGACCUCAUCACUCUGUCUCUGCUUGCUGGCGUCAGCAGCCUCUUCUUCUGUUACAGAGACAUGUGGUACCUGCCUCCUGCAGUGUGUGGCCUCUUCCUCCUCCUUAUCCCAGCAUGGGUCAUUAUUGCCAGUCGCUCUCCGCCCAUCAGUGAGGUCCUAAAGUCAGGCUGGCAACCAGUCAUUUUGGCCAUGUCCAUCAGCAGUAUUGGCGGUCUGAUUCUGGAUAAGACAGUGAGCAAUCCGAACUUUGAAGGGAUGGCAGUGUUCACUCCUGUCAUGAAUGGCGUAGGGGGAAAUCUGGUGGCAAUCCAGGCCAGCAGGAUGUCCACCUACCUCCACUACUGGAGUGUUCCUGGAGCUCUUCCAUUUGCAAUGAGUGUGAACUGUCCUGGACCCUGUGCCACCCUCUGCUCCUCAGAUGUGAACUCCAAAUCAGCCAGAGUCCUGGUCCUUCUUGUAGUUCCGGGUCACCUCCUCUUCCUGUACACCAUCCACCUCUUGCAGGGGGGGCAUACCUCCAUGACGCCAAUCUUCAUAAUCUGCUACCUGUCUGCGGCUCUGCUUCAGGUGGUGAUUUUGCUUUAUGUGGCCAGCCUGAUGGUGCGGUGGCUGUGGCGAAGGGGGCUGGAUCCAGACAACUUCUCCAUCCCUUACCUCACAGCUCUGGGUGACCUGCUGGGGACUGGUUUCCUGGCUCUGAGCUUUAGACUGAUGCUGACUGUCACUUCUACUCGGACAGGAGUUUAACACACACACGUAGUCCGAUUACCCUGGAUGAACUGUUCUUAAUAUGCAAGACACUGAAACACACUUGCAAAGCUUACUGGAUUUGAGCAACAAGUUGUAAGGUAAGUAUGGUAUUAUAUUUGUGCCUCAAAACCAAUUGAACAAAACAAGAAAUUGAACUUUUUUUUUUUUUGCAAGCACAUCCAUUUUGUUUUGUUGAUGUGAUUCCAUAAAGGAUCAUAUAAUUUAAGCAAACAAUAAUCUAUCUGUGCUCAAUAAAUGCAUCUGUGUGUUUUCUAUUAUCCAUAUAAGUGGACAGUAAUGACCAUGCAUCAGUUUUACUCAUUUGCUCUUAAAUUCCCUGCUCUGUAUGCUAUCAAACCCCUUGAGCACUUGCUAACUGCAUCUCUUUCAACAUCUAUUCAAAUUGUCGUGUUUACGUGUUCUCAAGUGACCAUAUGAACGCCCACUGAUGUGGUUUUUUACUGACUUCUAAGUGGAAAUUUUCAGAGUUCCUUUAGAAAGCAGUAUGUGCUAAACUUUUCCUUCACCUGAUGCAGUAGUGCAUCUCUUUUUGCUUGCUAUCUUACAGCUAAAGCACAGUUGGUACAAUAUCCGGUUUGGGGAUGUAACACAAACCAUGCAGCGGUCAAAUUUGUGCACCUCCCUUUCUGUCUGAACAAGCCUUUACAGAUAUACCACCACCCAGUGCUUCCACGCACCAGUCAAGUUGGACCUACAGUUUACAUCCAUGUCUGUGAAAACACGGAUGCUUCACACACACACAUCUUCCCCCCGGCAGCACAGAAGAUCUAUACAAAGCACAGUUUAUGCCAUAUUUAAAGAAUUACAAGAAUGAGACAAAUGCAAGGUCAGAGCGACCUUGACCACCAAAAUCCUAUCAGCUCAUCCUUAAGUCUACUUGAAUGUUCUGUUGCUGCAUUUAGCCACUCAGAAAAUGCCUUUUUUUAAAAACAAGUAAAGGCUUCAAAAUUCAUGUGGGGGAUAUUUACUGACAAAUUUUAUGCCGGAGAACAAAACACGGCAGUCUCUUUGGCUAAGAGAAGCUAAAAUGCAAAAAUGCUAACUCAUUUCAACAUUUUAGGACUAAUUUCUGCAGCACUCUAUUAAAAUAAAAUGUAGCACACAGUCUAAAAAAAUCAGACCACAGAUUGUUUGAAGAUUGUUUUACUCUUGAUUCGUGAUUAUAAUGCCUCAGCUGGAUAGGUGAAAUAUAUCAUCAAAUAUAAAUAGUUAUCAGCUUACUUCUGGCAAAACCGAGAUUUCACAGGAAAUUAGUAGAAGUCCUUGAGAUUAUUAUUGUGCUUACAUAGAUGAUAGCAAAUACACAAAACAGAUUUGUUUACACAAAUUAAAGGAGGUUUUGUGUAAAAUGAAUUUAUCCUAACUAAUGCGUUUGAAAAGACAAUCUGUUUUGGGGACUGAGGCACAAAUCUAAUGCUGUAGAUAAUGGGCUGCAAAAACUAAAUUGGAAACAACCUCACUAAAGAUCGAAGAACAAAGUGAAAGUGUGUCCUUAUUUUGCACUUUGAUUUCCAUAUUUGCCAAUUCACUGUGGUCAAUAGUUGUACUCUGUUCCCACGAGUUGCCCUGGUCUCAACAACACCCAGCUUGGCUCUGUAGAAACAACACCCAUCUAAAAUGAUUACAAAUGGGAAUAGUGUAGAAACACUCUAUUGUAAACCGUUGACACAUCUGUACACCUGUUGUCAGCUCUUCAAUGUUAGAUGGCAAAUGAUUGUAUUAAGGCAAUAAUUAUAUAUCACUGUAGUGUAAAUGUAUAUUAAUACAAAUCAGAUGCUGCACUGUCUGGAUGAAUGUUAGAUUUGAUCUUGUUUAUUUUUUGUAGGUUUGUGCCUUUAAACCGUGAUAAGCCUUCAGUUCUCUCGUGUUCCUACGAACAAUGAGUUUCGUGUCUCCAAAUUUCUACUGGUAUUUUAUUUUUUUGUGCAGCACAGUACAACCAAAUAUAGCCUGUUGUACUUCACUGUCUCUAUGUUAGUAUGUGUACCAGAUAUUGACAAUACAGAUAUUUAUUUGUGCUUAUUUUUGUGAACAAAUGAUUUAGUAAGCAACUCUCCGUAUGGGGGCAUUUUCAAUUGUUUGAUAUGCAUUUUUAGUAAAUGCUUUACCGAUCUGAAAAUAGCAUCCAAAUAUGGUUAUGAUCCUAUUUUCACAGUAACAUCAAGCUUAACUCAACAUCUGACAUUUGUAAAAACUUCUAGAUGACAUCUCUGCAGCCAUGAUUUGUCAUUGAAAUAAAAGACUGACAUGUAAGUUAUGACUGCUGUAUUGUCAAAGAUGUCAGGUAUUACGGUUGCGGCCCUCAAAACCUCUACACAGUAAUAUUCAAUCCAAUACUCAAACCAAUAAACAAAUUCUUGCUGAAAUGCAUUUAUUUGAAAAUUGUGAGAGAAACUAUAUAUCUAUUUUGGUUUGUCUGACUUUGUAAAGUCAGCAAUAACACAAUAAAUAAAGACAAGAUCAUUGUUGCACAAAUAUUUCUUCCUACAGCACACAAAAAGGAAAAAAAACAAAGUCACAGUUACAAAAGUUAUCAUUGUCUGCUGGGGUCAAAAUAAGGCCCAUUACCAGAGGCACAUGUUUGGGGACAUUCACUGUCUGAUAGGGUUGGGUACCGUUUACAUUUGAAGCAAUACUGGUUCAGGUUGAACUUUGGUAAUGGUACCCAACAAUACAUUUUUUUUCAGGUACUUAAGUUUUUUUUGUGAUAAGAAAAAUUCAGUUUUUGAAAACAAUGCAGGGGUGCAGUGUUUCCCUCAGAAUGAGAGUAUUUGUGUCAGAACUGACGAAGGGGGUUUGUGGUGUGGGAUGUCAUGAAAGCAAAUUUUCAUUUAUUUUCUUUUCAA